CGGAGAAAUAUGCCAAUGAGUACCAGACCAAGGAGCGCAAUGAGAUCCGACUUGCUCACAUCGCAAAGAAGAGUGGAAACUUCUAUGUCCCUGCCGAACCUAAGUUGGCUUUCGUCAUUAGGAUCAGAGGUAUCAAUGGCAUCUACCCACGGCCCAGGAAAGCUCUGCAGCUGUUUAGGCUGAGGCAGAUCAACAACCGUGUCUUCGUCAGACUCAACAAGGCAACACUGAACAUGCUGAAGAUUGUGGAGCCAUACGUUGCUUGGGGAGUCCCCAACUUGAAGACAGUCCGAGAGCUGAUCUACAAGAGAGGCUAUGGAAAGGUCAACCACCAAAGGAUUGCCCUGACUGAGAACUGUUGCCCCAACUUCAAGUAUGCCUCUAACUUUCUCUGGCCAUUCAAUCUGAACUUUCUUCUGGGAGGUUGGCGCAAGUACAACCACUACAACAAUGGUGGUGAUUACGGUUUCAGGGACACCAAGAUUGAUGCCCUGGUUAGACAAAUGCUGUAA